CUUGCUUUAUCAAGUUGUACGUUGAAGGCAAAUAAACAGAACUAGCAGCAAAAAAAAGUACAACACUCUGAAAAAUUCUCUCUCCCCCUUAUCCAUGGCGUCGUCUUCUUUCUUAACCCUAGCUGCUAAUCCCUUCACUUCACACAGACCGAACCUCGCGCAUUUCUCCACCAAAACCCCCAUCGGUUUACAGAAGACUUCAUUGAGAAUCAAUGCUAUUUCAAAGACAUACGAACCCGCUAAGGUUGUGCCGCAAGCUGAUAGAGUUUUGGUUCGUCUUGAGGAGCUAGCUGAGAAAUCAGCUGGUGGAGUCUUGCUGCCAAAGUCAGCAGUGAAAUUCGAGCGUUACCUUGUCGGAGAGGUUGUUUCUCGCGGUGCGGAGGUUGAGGAAGUGGAAACCGGAAAGAAGGUGCUUUUCUCUGAUGUAACUGCAUACGAGGUUGAUUUGGGAACAUCUGCAAGGCAUUGUUUCUGCAAAGCUAGUGAUUUGCUGGCGGUGAUCGAGUAGAGGCCGUAUUUUCUUCCCGAGUACUCAGGUUUGAAUUUUUAAUGGGAAAUAAUUAUUGUUUUAUGUAGUAUAAUUGUUGAGCAAACACUUUUUAGCGCGAACCUUCGAAUUAUAAUCAUGGAAUAAGUUAUUGCUUCCAAGUUUUGUUAAGUAUUACUAAAGAUCUUUCUUCUUCAUAGUUAUUUAAAUUUACAAUUUUAUUUU